AUGCACGUCUUGAUGCUGCCAUGGCUGGCGUUCGGCCACAUCCUCCCCUUCACGGAGCUCGCGAAGCGCAUAGCUCGGCAGGGCCACCGCGUCACCCUCCUCUCCACGCCAAGGAACACUCAGGGUGCCGAGGCGAGCAUCGACCUCCCCUCCGAUGAUCUCCGCCCGUACCUGCGCUGGGCCUACGACGCCGCCUUCUUCCCUGCGCUAUCGGACAUCCUGCAGGCGCCAAAGACGUCGCGGCCGGACUGGGUUCUCACCGACUAUGCGGCGUACUGGGCGCCCCAGGCCGCGGCGAGGCACGGCGUGCCGUGCGCGUACCUCAGCCUGUAUGCCGCCGCAGUGCUCAGCUUCUUCGGACCCCCGGAGGCUCUCAUGGGCCGAGGCAGGUACGCCAAGACGGCGCCGGAGCACCUGACCGAGGUCCCUGACUUCGUGCCCUUCCCGACCACCAUCGCGUACCGCGGCUACGAGGCGCGACAGAUGUUCAAGCCGGCAGUGGCUCCGGACGUGUCCGGGGUGGCGGAGCUCUACCGCUCCGGCAUGUCCAUCGACGGGGGCCAGGUAGUGGGCAUCAGGAGCAGUAGGGAGUUCGAGCCGGAGUGGCUGCAGCUGCUCGGCGAGCUUUACCAGAAGCCGGUCAUCCCGGUGGGGCUUUUGCCUCCACCGCCAACGCAAGACGUCGCAGGCCACGAGGCAACGUUGCGAUGGCUGGAAGAACAGGCGGCAGGCUCCGUCGUGUACGCGGCCUUCGGCAGUGAGGCAAAGUUGACAAGUGCACAGCUGGAAACUAUCGCUCUCGGCUUGGAGUCCUCCGCCCUGCCGUUCCUGUGGGCAUUCCGGGCUCCCGGCGACGCCAACAAUAGCAGGGAAGAAGGGACGGGCGACUUGCUGACCGGCUUCGAGGAGCGUGUCGACGGCCGCGGAGUCGUCUGCCGAGGCUGGGUACCUCAGGUCAGCUUCCUGGCUCACGGAUCCGUUGGGGCGUUCUUGACUCACGCCGGCUGGAACUCCAUCAUCGAGGGCCUCACGCACGGCGUCAAGCUGGUGCUACUGCCCCUGAUGUUCGAUCAGGGACUCAACGCCAGGCAUCUCGUGGAGAAGAAGAUCGGCGUCGAGGUGCCGCGGGACGAGGAGGACGGCUCCUUCGCGCCCCAAGAUAUUGCUGCUGCCCUGAGGAAGGUCAUGGCGGAGCGCGACGGCGAGGAGUUGGGGGUUAAGGCCAAAGACUUAGCCAGAGUGUUUGGAAAUGAUGAGGCCAAUGAUCAGUGCCUGCGAGAUUUUCUAAGGUAUCUGUCUCACCACAGCAUCCGCUAA